GAUAGAAAUCCAGGAGCGCGGACAGACCAGAUAGGCGGGCGGGCGCGGAUCUGUUAGCCGCCUCUGUGCUAAAGACUUGGGUGGAACAGCAGCAAUUCUGCAAACAAAAUCAACUUCUGACGGUACCGUGAAGGCAGUGCAUCCAAACCCAAUCCGAACAUUUGUGCACAUGACGUGCAAGGGCAGCGGGACGAGCAUUUGGAUCGCAAAGAGAAAAAACGGGGGGAAAUGUCCUGGUGGCCGCGCGGUGAGGAGGGGGAAGACAACCAGAAUCCUGACACCGAUUCAGAUGUUGCAGAGCAGAAAGAUGGUGGCAAAGUAAAAGUCAAGUGGACACUGGAGGAGGAUGACAAGCUAAAGGCGCUGGUUCAAAAACUGGGACAGAAUGAUUGGAAAAAUGUUGCCAGUCAUAUCCCAAAUCGUACCGAAAACCAAUGUCAGCAUCGUUGGUUUAAGGUUUUGGAUCCUGACCUCAUUAAAGGCCCUUGGACAAAAGAAGAAGAUGACAAGGUCAUAGAGCUUGUAAAUCUCUAUGGUAACAAACAAUGGAGUCUGGUCGCCAAGCAUCUGAAGGGCAGGGUAGGAAAGCAGUGUCGAGAGCGCUGGCACAACCAUCUCAACCCCUGCGUGAAGAAGUCUUCAUGGACGGCCGAGGAGGACCUCAUCAUCUAUAAGGCUCACUGUCUCCUUGGAAAUCGCUGGGCUGAGAUUGCAAAGCUCUUGCCAGGAAGGACGGAUAAUGCAGUCAAGAAUCACUGGAACGCAACCAUUAAGCGCAAAGUCGAAAUGGGCUUCUACUCAAGAGAAGAUUUUACACCUCGUGAGGUUGAAGAGCUGCUAGCUCACGUGAAAGAUUUGCAGAUGCCCAGUUGCUCUCAAGAUCACGCUGACCCCGACUCUGAGCGGGAAACGCACACCCUACGUACUAAAUGUCUUCACACGUCGCAGGAAAUGUCAGCCCUAAGCACCGUUAAUGGCGAUGACGAGGCAGGUCCUUCCCGGGCCGUGACCUCACCAAAGGACAGUUUAAGUCCUCUGUCGGAGGCAGGCAGCACAGGAGAGACCCAGUGGGUUGUGGACAACGCUGGCUUUCUCUCCCCCACGGGGCCAGCAUUGAAGGAAGUCCUGGACAUGGUGGACGCGGACCUUGAUGCCUGGUGUAACCUCGCAGCGUUCGACUUGCCUGAAGAGAACCCAAGCCCAGAACGCCACCAGUUCCGUCUGGAAGCCAGUGCCCUUCAGGAGUUAAGCAAAUCGAGCAAAGGAGAACUCAUACCCAUUUCCCCUGGCGGCAUCACGCCUCCAUCCAUAUUGAAUCAUCGAAGUCGGAGACACUUGUCUCCGGAUGCUAAUGGUUUAGUGACACCAAAGAGCACACCGGUCAAGAUAUUGCCAUUUUCACCCUCUCAAUUCCUGAACUUGUGGACCAAGCAGGACACUCACGACCUGGAGAACCCAUCGCUCACAUCCACCCCAGUGUGCAGCCAGAAGACCACUGUGACCACACCGCUGCAGAGGGACAAGACUCCAAUCAACUCUGUAUUUGUUACACCCAACCGCAAGUCUGAGCUCUAUAUGAUGCCGCGCACUCCGACACCAUUCAAAAAUGCCAUGGAGAAAUACGGCCCUCUCCGACCUCUGCCUCAGACGCCGAACCUUGAGGAUGACAUUCAAGAAGUGAUCCUCAGAGAUGUGGGUACUGACUUGGCGUUGGAACUUCCAUUUGUUCCUGAGCAAAGACGCAAAGCUGUGCAUCGCCCUCCAAUGAAGAAAGUUCGCAAGUCAUUGGCACUAGAUGACUGCCAAGUAAUGCCCAAGUCCAAACGCAAAUCUAAGACUGAAGCCAAAAUUUGCAUCAAGGAGGAACCUGUAAGAGUUGAUAUUAACUCCUCAUUUUGCCGUAAAAAUCAUGAAAAUAUUUUGAAUCAGGGAUUUCUUUUGGGGCCAAGUGACUGCGCUAUUUUUCCCAGCGUCGUGCCCUCAAUACAGAUGUCCAAAGACUGGGAGGCCAUCGCAUGUGGGCAAACUAAAGAUCAGCUCAUUAUGACGGAGAAAGCAAGGCGCUUCCUGCGCGGCAUAAAAUAACACAAUGCAAACAGAACUCUGGUGUUGUCCUGAGACUACUCGCACCUUUGUACCAACUUGUUACACAAACACAACAGAAUGCUCUGAUGUUUGCUUUUGUACCAUUGUGAAGAAAAGUACUGUACGCGCCUUGUAAAUGUUAUAACAUGUUGGAACAACUUACUGUAGUAGUCAACAUGUUUACUGUGUAACUUAAAUUGAAAACGUCUGCAGGGACACACUGAAAUGUCAUUGCUUUUAGAUUUUGUCUAAUUCCAAAUGCCACCUAAAUAGCAAUCAAACAUUUUUGUCAGGAAAUAUAGUUGAACAUUCAACUAAGAAAAUAAUGCUUGGAUACUUUUGUAAUCAAUGAAAAUGGUUUUGCAUUGCA